GUUCGAUCUGCCUCGGUUGCCGGUCAUUCGGUUUGCUGGCAAUCCUGAUACUCCAUCGGAUUCACUUUCGUAGUCAAAACAUAAAUGAAUCUAACUUCCCGCCCGGUACAUUUAUUUACCUUCAUCAACCCCUCUUCUCGCCACUGGUUUGGCUCUUCUUUUCUCCUCACACACGCACUUUCUUGGGUUUCUCUUCUUCCCCCUCCCCCACUUCAACCUUCGCCAUGUCGACACUUUUGUUUGUCGCAACGGCCUCCCCCAUCCUCUACCUGCUAUAUGUGCUGCUCUCUCGCUGGCAACAUGCCCAAAAUGCCCGUAAAUGGAACUGUGGGAGUGUGCCCUCUUACCCCGGGGAUCUGCUGGGCAUCAACACCCUGAAGGAGGCGCUGGCCAUGGACAAGGCUCGCCAGGUGCCCACUGUGACCCGCCGGCGUGUUGAGACCAUGUCCGCCCGCGAGAAUCGCUAUACCACCACUUUCCAAUUCCGUCAACUGGGCACCGAUGUCAUCAGCACCUGCGAUCCCAAGAACGUCCAGGCCUUGCUGGCCACCCAGUUCAAGGACUUUGAAUUGGGCCAGUCCCGUCGCAAUGCUCUGCACUGGCUGCUCGGCCGCGGCAUCUUCACUGCCGAUGGCGACCACUGGUCUCGGUCUCGCGCUCUCCUCCGUCCUCAAUUCACCCGCGACCAGAUCAGCGACCUCGAUCUCGAGGAGCGUCACGUCCAAGUCGCCAUGAAAGCCAUGCCCGUCGACGCCACCGGCUGGACCCCCGCCACCGACAUCCAGACCAUCUUCUUCCGCCUGACCAUGGACACCGCGACUGAGUUCCUCUUCGGCGAGAGCGUCCAGAGCCAAGCCGCCGCCCUCAGCAACGGCGCCAUUCCCCAGGAUGACUUCCCUGCUCAGUUCGACCGCGGUCAAUGGUACUCUGCCCAGCGCGCCCGCUUCGAGAAGCUCUACUGGAUCAUCAACAACAAGGAAAGCCGCGCGAUCAACAAGGCCGUCCACGCCUACGUCGACCGCUUCGUCACCGCCGCCCUCAACUCCGAUCCCGAGAAGAAACCCACCGGCCACUAUGUCUUCCUGCACGGUCUGGCCGAGGCCACCCGCGACCCCGUCGAACUGCGCUCCCAGCUCCUUAACAUCCUCCUCGCCGGUCGCGAUACCACUGCCUCCCUCCUCUCCUGGUGCGUCCUCUUCCUCGCCCGCCACCCGGCCUACUUCACCUCCCUGCGCGCCACCAUCCUCGCGGAAUUCGGCUCCUACUCGUCCCCCCGUGACAUCACCUUCGCCAAUCUCAAGUCCUGCCGUCCCCUGCAGAACUUCCUCAACGAGGUCCUCCGUCUCUACCCUAUUGUCCCUGGUAACCGUCGCACGGCUGUCCGCAACACUACCCUCCCCACGGGCGGUGGUCCCGCGGGCACCGACCCCAUCUACGUCAAGAAGGGCCAGCCCGUCUUCUACAGCACCUACGUGAUGCACCGUCGGCCUGAUCUGUGGGGCGCUGAUGCGGAUGAGUUCCGUCCGGAUCGCUGGAACGAGCGCAAGGCCGGAUGGGAGUACUUGCCGUUCAACGGUGGGCCGCGGAUCUGCAUUGGGCAGCAGUUUGCACUUACGGAGACGGGGUAUGUCCUGGUCAGACUGUUGCAGCGCUUCGAUGUGAUUGAGGGCGUGGGCAAGACCAAAGAGGGGGAGAUCAAUAUGCAGAUGAGUUUGACGAAUGCGCCGGGAGAUAAUGUGACGGUGCGGUUGCAUGAGGACACUUCUAACUAGUUUCUUUGUUACUGUUACUGCUGAUGAUUGAUUGGGAUACCCAAUGUCCAUAUGUGUGUUAGCGUAUAUAGAUUGUGAUUGGCACAUUGCAUUGCAUUACAUACAUCUUUCUACAACUCAUACUGUAUACCUACAGAGUAGACUUCAG